GAAGCGAAGAAAUGAAUUUACAGAUACUGGAAUUAUUUAGUGGUAUUGGUGGAAUGAAUUAUGCUUUUAAAGAAUCGGGGAUCCCUGGACAGAUUGUCGCGGCAGUGGAUAUAAAUACAAACGCAAACGCCGUCUACACCUACAACAAUCGGCAAACAACAGUGUUGAAUAAUAAUGUCCAAAAAUUAAAUUUGAAGACAUUGGAAAAAUUACAAAUCAAUUGCAUACUAAUGUCGCCCCCAUGUCAACCUCAUACACGCGUAGGUCAUAAAAAAGAUAUUGAAGACAAUCGUUCGCAUGGUUUAAUGCAUAUUUGUUCAUUAUUACCGGAAUGUACAUUUGUACGCUAUAUAUUGAUGGAAAAUGUUAAAGGUUUUGAAGGAUCUUUAGCUCAUUCACAGUAUAUAAAAGCGUUAAGAAAAGCAGGAUUUUAUUAUCGCGAAUUUAUAUUAAGUCCAACACAAUUAAAUAUACCUAAUACUAGAUAUCGCUAUUACUGCUUAGCAAGAAGGGAUAAAAAUUUUCCCUUUGAAGGUGAACACAUCUGGACCGAAAUUCCCACAAUUAAGCAACACCAAAAAUGUAUAAACACAAUAAAGAACAUACUCGAAUCUGAUAAUCUACUUUCUGCAGAUUUUCUUGUUGAUCAAAGGACUCUUGACCGUCGUGUACUGCUAAUGGAUAUUGUUACGUCCAACUCUACCAACACUAUGUGCUUUACGAAAGCGUAUGCUUAUUACAUCGAAGGUACAGGAUCUAUUUUUUGUCCCUUAAAACCAGAACAAAUGCAUCAAAUAUUUGAAAAACUUAAACAUUUAGAUAAUGGCAAUAGCUCGAAAGAAAAUCAAGCUUUAGAACGACGAGAGUUGUUGCAAUCAUUACAUUUGCGUUAUUUUACACCAAGAGAAGUGGCACGUUUAAUGGGCUUCCCGGAAACCUUUAAUUUUCCAUUAGAAAUUACAAACCGUCAAAAGUACAAACUAUUAGGAAAUAGCAUAAAUGUCCAAUUAGUUAGCGAAUUAAUAAAAGUGCUUUGCCUCCAAGAAUAGCUCUAUUAGCUUUAUAUGAUAAUGGAGCAAAUAAGCUGAGGAAACAUUUAAGCUUACGAGCCGUCUUAUAAGAUUAGAUUUUUUAAACUUAACAGGUAGUCUAUAAAAAAACAAAUAUAAAUUAUAUUUUUUAUAAGA